AGCCGCCCGCCAGUCCGCCCGCCCUCCGCUCCGCGCUCCAGCGAGCGCGCCCCGGCCCCGCGCCCCCAACGGCCCCCCAACCGCCGCGUAGUCCCGAGGACGCCAUGAGGGGCCCGCGCUGCGCCCCGCUGCUGCUCCUGCUGCUGCUGUCGCCGCUGCUGCUCAUACCCCCCGCCGGGGACGCCGCCGUCAUCACCGGGGCCUGCGACAAGGACCCCCAGUGUGCCGGAGGCAUGUGCUGUGCUGUUAGUAUCUGGGUUAAGAGCAUAAGGAUUUGCACGCCUAUGGGCAAAGUGGGAGACAGCUGCCAUCCGCUGACUCGUAAAGUUCCAUUUUUUGGGCGAAGAAUGCAUCACACGUGUCCAUGUAUGCCGGGCUUAGCCUGUUUACGGACUUCAUUUAAUCGAUUUAUUUGUUUAGCCCGAAAGUAAUCACUUGAGAGUAGAAACUUUAAAUGUGAACAGCCACAUGAUGUCUGUAAAGUCUAUUUACUUGUGAUUGUGCCAAACAAAUAAUAUGCCAGAAAGAAAUGCUGUUGCUUCCUCGGCUAUCCAAGUAACAUUUCUAUCUUUGAUGUUUAAAUGACUUUUUUUUUUUUAAUUCAAAGCGGAUUUUAAUUUUGGAUAUGAAUGUAAAGUGCAGGGCAUUAUGGAACCAGUUCUCAUUUUCCCGUCAGUGUUUUGAUUUGGCUGGGCUCUUUUAAUGCCAAUAACUCACCUAUUUUCACAGAAAUGAGAAGAAUAAGAAUUUGAUAUUUUGUCACAGGAAAUUUUUUUCUUAAACCCUCUCCCACCAGCCCUGCCCAUCAUACACACACACACACACACACA